AAUUGAAACGGGUCUAAAUAUUGUAUUGAAGCCAGAACUUAUCUAGCGACCCUAUCCAUAUUCCAAACAACAGAAAACUGAAAGAGAGAGAUGAUGGUUGCAAAUAAUGGUUUGGGAAUGAAUAUGAAUAUCUUUCAUACAAUUUCGGCACCCCAAUUGAGCCCUUUCCAUUUCUCAGCCAAGAAAUUUAACAGUUCGAGUUUUGUUUUGGGCUGUUGGAGUUCGAGUUUCGCUUCAUUUUCCAGAUACAAGAACUCUAAGAACUUAAAAUCUUUCUGUUGUCUCUGCAGCAGUAGUAACAAUAAUAAUAAUGCUAAUAAUAACUCUUCUUCUUGUUUGGAUUGGGAUUGGAAUCGAUGGACUCGCCACUUCUCUGAAAUCGAACAAGCUGAGAGCUAUGCCUCUGUUCUAAAGUUUCAACUUGAAGAUGCAAUUGAGAAUGAAGACUUCCAAGGAGCUGCCAAGUUGAAAAAGGCAAUUGCAGAAGCUACUUCAAAGGAUACUGUAGCAGAAAUAAUGUCUCAGUUGAAGAUGGCAAUAGAUGAAGAGCGCUACAAUGAUGCUUCUAGAUUGUGUAGAGAUACAGGAAGUGGACUGGUUGGCUGGUGGGUGGGCUACUCCAAGGAUUUGGAUGAUCCAUUUGGCAGAUUGGUACACAUAACACCUGGAGUUGGCAGAUUUGUUGCAAGGAAUUACAGCCCAAGACAGUUGGUCACUGCAUCCCCUGGAACUCCACUAUUUGAAAUCUUUGUGGUCAAAGAUAAUGAGGAAUCCUAUGUGAUGCAGGUAGUAUAUUUGCACCGAGCAAAGGGAAGUUCAACAAACUCUGCAAGUUCACCUUCCAAGUCCACUAAAAUUCCAUCAACUUCUGAAGUUGAUAAUUCCUCUGUUGUAGAUGUUCAAGGAACUGAAGUUAAGGCAGAGAGAAUUGAUGACAAGGGCAUAAAUAUUGAGGGAGCAACUGAGGAAGGGAUAAAAAGUGUUAUAAAUUUUCUUAAAGAAAAAAUUCCAGGACUCAAAGUGAAAGUUAUGAACAUUGAUGUUACUGAGGAAGUGAUGGAUGGUACUGACUCUGUGAAGCAGUUGAUGCAAGAUGAUGAGGAGAAAGGAUCUAGAGAGGAUUUGGCAGGUGAAACUGAUAACUUGGAAGAGAUUCAACCUGAUGGGGUGGCUCUUGAAGCAGGUAGUGAUUCCUCAGAAGAUGGAAAGGAUUUGGAUACAAAACUUUUUAUUGGUGGAGUUGUACAUAAUAAUGAGGAUAUUCCUUCCAAGGAUGAUUAUGUGCGUCGUCUGCCGGCUGAUGUUACAGAUAUGGAGAGAGAUUCGUUUGUACUUCAUGUUCCUAGGAGAAGUCUUGAUUAUGAUAAUGGAGAAAGUAACUUGUCAAAAGUGAAAGUAGCUGCUAUAGUAGCUCAAGGUGUUUCAGAACUUAUGCCUUCUGAAAUAGCCAAGGCAUUUUGGAGUUCAGAAAAGGCUUCAUCAAAGGUCUCUAGAGAUGUACGUGAAAUUGUGAAACUUGCUGUCAGUCAGGCACAGAGGCAGAGCAGACUACCUGAAUAUACAACUUUUAGUCGAAUUAGCACUUCUGAAGGCAACAUAGAUCCAUUUGAAGGACUGUAUGUUGGUGCAUUUGGCCCUUAUGGCACUGAAGUUGUGCAGUUAAGGCGCAAAUAUGGUCAGUGGAAUGGGGAGGAUGGCAAGUCUUCAGAUGUUGAGUUUUUUGAAUUUGUGGAGGCAACAAAAUUGACUGGGGACCUCAAUGUUCCUGCUGGCCAGGUGACAUUUCGCGCCAAAAUUGGGAAAGGCAGUCGCUUUGCAAACCGUGGGAAAUAUCCAGAUGAACUGGGAGUGGUUGCAAGUUACAGUGGCCAAGGAAGAAUAGCAGAAUUUGGGUUCCGAAAUCCCAAAUGGGUUGAUGGUGAACUGCUUCAACUUAAUGGGAAGGGCAUAGGACCAUAUGUCAAAGGUGCAGAUCUUGGUUUCCUUUACAUUGUCCCUGAGCAAAGUUUCCUUGUGUUGUUUAACCGAUUAAAGUUACCCAACUGAGCCAUCUAGUUAAUUUUUCAUUAACCUGUUAUAUAACGGCAAGAGACUAAGCAUCCAAAACUGGACAUGAGUUGGUUUGUAUACUGUGAAUGAGGAGAAUGAGAGUUGUUAUCAUACCUUUGAUGUUUGUAACUUGUUCCUUCCUUCUACAUGUUUUGUUUCAAGGAGUACAUCGGUUUUGUUUAUGACUUAACAUAGAUGUUAAAUGAUGCAGCAUAAAAAAUUAUGGACA